AUGCAGACGACUCGUACAAACCUGGCGCGUUCAAAGACCAGCCCAGCCGAUCCUGCCCUUACGCGCACCAACACCGCUUCCCACCAGGAUGUCUUGUAUUCCACCACCGUCCCGCUGUCAGAGCGCGACAGCAUCUUUGCCACGAGCUAUCAAGGCGACACGCCCGUAACUUCGCCCCUACAACCUCGCAAGGACCCGCUCCAUGAAAGGAGCGGUCUGAUAUCUCAGGCUUUACAACGCCAUCAAUCCAAUCUCAGCUCGCAGAAGCAAGACCUUGGUGCAAACGACCCGUUGCGCCAACACGACGACGACACGGCACAGGUUCCUGAACAGAGCUUUGAUUGCGAUCAGAGCUCGCUCGCCAACCACGAACCAAUGCCGGCCUCCUCGCUCUCACCCAUGCGGACGAGCAUGACCGACCUGUCCAUGUUCUUCCACACGCUUCCGCACACCGACCUGAACCGUCUUCCGUAUCCGCUCACGGCAAAGUCCAAUCGACACUCCCUUUACGACCCCCAGCUUUUGUCUACUCUUGAACGACCCGUCACGCCCGUCAGCUCCACCAAACCCAAUUCUCCCAAAGUCACACCCGCCGAAGACAUCCAAUCCAGCGCGAAACGCUCGUCUUACAGGGCCUGGCGUCAAGGACAAGGCCGCAUGGCUGGAAAAUCUAUCGCCGAAUCGCAGGGCAGGAACCUCAAUUCGGAAGAUAAUGACGUUGAUCGCAAAAUCGACGCGAAGAUGCCCAAGAUCGAGCAGAGCAUCAACGUUCGUAGCAGAAAAACCAGUCACUACCUCGGCCUCUUCAAGGACCAAGACUCCGAACACGACAAGAAGCGAGAGAAGAAAGACAAGGGAAAGCACAAGGAUGAAGCGCAAAGUAACGACCAACAAAACCUACCUGCCAUUUACGAACAUCACGAUCGACAUGUAGCUGAUUUACCUCCAUCUGUAAUCCUCAACGACAACGAACCCGUCGAGCUCAAACGCCAAAUCGAAGGCCCCGAUGGCGCCAGCCCUCCUAUACCCACUCCCAGCACUUUUGAAGCAGAAGCCGAGCAGAAACCAUUGACCACAGACAACGCUGAAGGUCGCAUUGCUCAUCAAAUUCCACCAAGCUUGCUUGAAGAGAUAAAGAACCACCACAUUAUCCUGGGCCCUUCAAGCAACAAGAUUCCACCUGACAAAGCCCUAGCCGAAGAGUCGUUUGAAAAGGAACUCCCGCGUGAGGAACCCGUCCACACCUCGCUCUUGACACGACAGGCACAACUUCUUCAACAGGAAGUCGCAAAGGAGGUGGAGGAUGAAGAGUCAGAUCAGGAACAGAUUUCUUCUGCUCAAUAUAUCCCCCACCGUGGCAAGGCUACCCGUACCACUCCAGCGUUGCCCUUGACCACUCCUGCUGUCCAAGACGAGGACAAGGAGGUUGUGGUCUCGCCGCCGGCGGCUGACCGUCAUGUGCAUCUUCCUGUGAAGCCUUCUUUCGAGGCCAGUGCCGAUGUCCCACAGAGUAACGUUGAGAUUGCGUUACUUUCAGAAGACGAGAGUCAAGUUUUGCAUGGUGAAAUCCCACGUUCCGACAAUCGUCAUCCCAAUGUGACCCCUGCCCCUCAAGUUUCAGAGUCCGAUGAUGAUACUGAGUCUUCAGUCUACUCCCACGACCAGGAGGAGGAAGAAGAGACCACUCCGACACCAACCCCAACUAACAAAAGUGUCUUGCAUGAUCGCCCGUCAACAAAACGUCAAGCACCUGAAGCCCAAUCGCAACCUCCUCCGCUUGGUGCGGUCGAGUUGAAACCAUACAAUCACCAAGUUGGAGGCCACAGCACUGUUUACAGUUUCUCCCGCCAAGCUGUAUGCAAGCAACUAAACAGUAAAGAGAACGAAUUCUAUGAGACUGUUGAGCAGUAUCAUCCGGAUCUACUUGAUUUUCUCCCCAGAUAUAUCGGGGUUCUUAACGUCACAUACAAAAAGCCGAACAAGAAGAAGAAGGACAACCUCGACAAGUCAAAGUCGCCUGAUAUGCAGCCUCAGGAUUUACAGUCUCCCAAGAAGGGUUCAGUCCUUUCCGAUGCAAAGAAGGAAGAUACACCUCGCAUUGUGAGCCACUCACAAUCACAGUCAAAUGCUGUGCCAGAAGUCAGUCUCAUCAAUAAUCGUCACAUUCUACCGGACUACUUCUUGCGCAACUUACCACCAAGACCUGCCACCGCCAUCCCAGCUCACGUCCAACCAAGUCGACAAACUCGUCCCCAUUCUAUCAGCGAGAUGAUGAGUGAUCGCCGACCCUCGUACUCUCCCGAGACAAACUUCACCCACCACGAGCGCCCACUCCUACGUCAACAGGCCAGUUGGGGAGCUACAAGUGUCAAUCAAGAUUUGAAGUUGCAAGUCUUCCGCGACGUCUUUACUCCCCCCGUCAUUCAUCGUCACGACCGGAAAAGCAGAAACCACCAUAGCAGGAAUCUUAGAAAGGUUCAGCAGCGUGAGUCAAUGCCCUCACUACCAGACGCUGGCUCCGCGAACCCCACGCAAGCUAUAAGUUUGCAAGAGCGUCGCAACAGUACCGAUGUUUCUGCCAUUCAGACACCUCCAUCACCUGCCGAUGCCACCCGUAGAUUGGCGAUUAAGAAUCGUCGUGAUCUCAAUUCACCACACAACAGUGUGCAAUCUCUUGAUAACUAUAUGAUCAGCCCUCGCAAAGAGCAGCCUCCGACCUGCGAAAGCAGAAGUAUGGAGAAUGCAGAGGCAGACAAUCACCUACUGCAAGCCUACAAGACGCCAAGACGUCGUCACUCUGGAAGUGGUCUUCGUAGGAAGAAAGCCGAUAUCGACGCUUCCUGCGGAGACCUUGAGUAUCACGAGGAUGAAGGAUAUCGUGGCGACGGUGAGGAUGUCUUCGCAAUGGAUGACCUUGAAGGAUCUCCCAUCAAGACCAAUGAAAACCAGGUUUCUGCUGUACCCGAGGUCCUUGAGAGUGCGCCAGACCACAAGGAAAAUCCGGCAUUGAAUGCUCCCAUACUCGGCAAUCCCAUCGACUUGGGUGAAAUACCGCGUAAUCCUGAUCAAGGCACGGAAGAUCCUGGUCGAAUCGCUCAUUUCAUCUUGCUCGAAGAUCUCACAGCUGGCAUGGUACAUCCUUGUGUGCUCGACCUCAAGAUGGGAACUCGCCAGUAUGGUGUUUUCGCUGACGACAAAAAGCAAAAGUCUCAACGUCGCAAGUGCAAGACGACCACGUCUCGCGAGCUCGGUGUGCGCGUCUGUGGCAUGCAGGUCUGGAACGUCAAGACUCAAUCGAACAUCUUCGAAGACAAGUACUUUGGUCGAGAUCUUAAAGCCGGUAGCGAGUUUCAAGCUGCGCUCACUCGUUUCUUCUUCGAUGGCAUCAGUCAUGGCAGAGCACUCAAGCACAUCCCUUUCGUCCUUGAAAAGAUCACUCAGCUCGAGCGCAUCAUACGUAAACUGCCUGGAUACCGCUUGUAUGCAAGCUCGCUGCUCAUGAUUUAUGAUCGCGGUGACGUAGAUGAGAACGGCAAACCCCGCCAGCCUCCACCUUCACAAAAUGAUGGCGAAAAUGGCUCAAGCUCAUCCAGCCAUAAGAACCAGAUUCUGCUCAAGAUUGUGGACUUUGCCAACUGCGUAACAGCUGAAGACACCGAGACUCUAGAUGCAGCGCGCUGUCCGCCAACCGACCGUAAUGGUGUAGACAGAGGAUAUCUGCGUGGUCUGCGCUCGUUACGCCUGUACUUCCAACGCAUCUACGAAGAGUUGAGCGCUGAGAAGGGAGGGUUUGUCGAGAGAGGAGAAGGCGAAGGUAUGGCCACUCAAUCAAACGGCGGUGCAGGAAUUGGCGGAGGUGCUGGCUUGGAUGCUGAGAGCAGCUGGGCAUGGAACGAUGCAUUGGUUGAAGAGGAUCCAGGUGAUGUCAGUGUGUGA